AUGGCUGAUGGCGGCAACGUGGAGUUCGUAGAGAUCGAUGGACCCGUGGUCUACCUCAGGUUGCAAGGCGCCUGCGGGUCCUGCCCUUCCUCGCUGACCACCAUGACCAUGGGGAUCAAGCGGCGCCUCAUGGAGUCUAUCCCGGAGAUCUCAGAUGUGGAGCAGAUGGAGCCCGAGGACAUGGGUGGUCUGGACCUCACGCCAGAAAAUGUGGACACCGUGCUGGAUGAGAUCAGGCCAUACCUCAUCGGCACGGGGGGCGGGGGCCUGGACCUGGUGGAGAUCGACGGCCCAAUUGCCAAAGUAAGGAUCACGGGCCCGGCGGCCUCGGUCAUGACGGUCCGAGUGGCAGUCACCCAGAAGCUGCGGGAGCGCAUCCCCGGCAUCGCGGCGGUGCAGCUCGUCAACUGA